UCUCCUUCUGCGCUUGCGGAGUUCGGCCUAGACCAAAUGGCUUGACGACUUGCCAGCUUGACACAAGGCAAACUUAUCUAAUUACAUCACCUGCACUUGAUGCCGUUCUGACUGUAUGUGCACGCAUCUUAGCAACUACAUUUUGCUCUUCAUGGAUUCAACCGGAGCUGGUUGACUUGUUUGACUCAUGCGAGUUUAGCAACUCAUAUUGUAUCAACGUCUUUGUCAAGAUCAACAUCAGAAUACUUAGUUCAAUAUGUCUAUAUUUACGGCAGCCCUUCAUCCUAACGUUGGCUUAGGCUUCCUUGUACUUGGUGCUUCGCUCCAUGAUAUCUUGACACGUCUUAAAGCCGAACCUCAACGUUUCCCCAAGCUAGAUCUUACCUAUUCUGCGACUCAGCCUGUCACGGAUCCUGUCGUCCUAGCCCUUCCCGCGAACGGUGUACGAUUACGCUUCGACGGUCGGGAGCAACGGCUCCGCUUAAUCGAAGUCACCGACUUUACCAAGAGCCGUAUCACCUACCAAGAAAAAGAUAUCGCCAAACCAGCACAAGGAACAUUAGGGUCUCCUAGAUUAGGUGGCGAUGCUACAACAGGUCCGGCAUUCAAGAAUAUCUAUCACCGCCUGUUUGGACCAACCUAUGCCGGAGAAUAUAUACCUCCAACAGACUCGGGGAACAGCAACGCUGUAGGAACGUACAUCUUGUCAUAUCCUGGCGUAGCAUUUAGCUUCCCCUUGCCGAAGUCCGCUUAUUCUCCCAAUAAGGAUGUGGUUUCUUUGCUAUCUUCGUCUGCAAGCCAAACAGCCAGUUCUGUGGCGGUAUUCAGUGGGAAGUCUUGGGCUCACGCCCGGGAGACGCUUUGGGACGAAAUUCUCCCUAGCGUCAAGUCGACAUUUCUGUUCAGUAAGAGUAAGGAAGUCGUCCCUGAUGAAAUAUCCCUAGUCAAGAUACAUGGUGGUGGAAGGCUUCAGUUAUUCAAGAAAUGGACGAAUUCGUCGGUAUGGAUUAACUUAGGAGAGACCACGCCCCAAGAUCUGGUGGCAGAACUCGGCCCACCCGAUGCCAUAUAUCGAAAGAACGACCAAAGGAUGUAUAUCCACAAGACACGCACUGCAAGUCACAGCAGGUCAAGAUCUAACGGUGGCGACUAUAGACGCCCAGAUGAUCUAAUCGACACUGAUCAAUCUUCAGCCCAUACGGGUUCCGAAGACUCCGAAGACGAAGCUAUCGAAGAUGAAUUUAUUGGAAACGUAUCUGGGGAAUGCUUCUACAAUUAUUUCUACCUAGGAUUUGAUAUUUUGGUAUCGCCGCCUCAACCUGCUUCACGGACACCACCGUCCCAAGUUUCUACCCUGAAUGGCAAAGAAGUCCCUGGAGAAAAUCCGGUCAAGAAUGGUAUGGCAGACCGAUUGGUGGCUACUAAAAUGGUCCUUCACGCGAAUGUGCCGGGUUCGUACCCAUUCAACCGACACCGACGCUGUCGUUGGGAGAUUCAAUAUCUCGUAACUGAUAAUUCGUCCAAUAUCUUAAACUCCGAAACCCCGUUCGAUGAUAUAGAGGAACGGCUGAGGGAGGAGUGGAAGAGCACGUAUUCGUCGGAAGAGGACGCCAAAAGACGCCAACGAGGAAUGGUGCUGAAUAGAGGAUGGGGAGAUAGUCCUGGGAGCAGCUGCGAAUUCCUGGGAGGCUGGGAGGAUAGCAGCGGAGGAGUCGCUGCAAAGAAGUUUGACGGAAGCGAAGAUUCUACAACUACACUAUACGGAUUCCCGGGGAUGGUCUUUGAGGUUUUGAAGAAUGGGUUUGUUAGCGCGGUCACGGUUUAUUAAGUUUCUGGGUCUGUGCAUCGGAGUUAUUACUCAUUCACUCAUAUCAUUCAGCAGAGGAGAGUUAGAAUAUUCAUAGGAACUUGAACGGCUAGUCUCGUUACGAUGCCAUAUAUGCCAUAGCUCGAGUGCGUCUGUCGAUUCAGCAUUGUGAUUUGGCCGGCCGCAUUCCCUUUCUGAUUAUACCCCUCCCUC